AUGAGCACACACCCUGCUGUUGUAACCGUGGGCCCAGGUCUUCCGUUGGAGGUGCAUCAAGUGCCUACUGUUGCACCAACUGCCAACGAAAUUCGAGUGCGGUGCGAAUGGACCGCUUCGACUCCCCUCGACUUACACCAAGCCGACGGCGGCCUUCUGGUUAAACAUCCCCAGAUAUUGGGCGACGGCAUUGCUGGUACCGUGGUUGAAACUGGACCAGAUGUAACCAAGUUCAAUGUUGGGGACAAAGUCUUUGGUUUCACCUGGCGCAGUCAGGCGGAGAAAGCACACCAGAAAUACGCAGUGGCCCCAGAGUUCCUGUUCGGCAAGCUUCCUCCCAAUGUCACCAUGCAACAGGCGGUGACAGUCCCGAACAAUUUCGUGACUGCAUGGCACACUUUCACCAAAGAUUUUGGCUUCGAGUUGCCCUGGCCGAAACCGGAGGGAUAUACACCACGGGAGAAGGACUCGUGGAUAUUGAUCUGGGGUGGAAGUUCCAGCGUGGGACAAUACGCGUUACAAAUCUUGAAGUGGUAUGGAUAUACCAAGAUCAUCACCACGGCGAGCAAGAAACAUCAAGAGAAAUUACGCGGUUACGGCGCGGCUCAGUGCUUCGAUUAUCGAGAUCCAGGAGUUGAACGGGAGAUCGUAGCAUACACGGAUGCCCAAUCCGGGCCCAGCGGCAUCCAUUUCAUCCUCGACUGUAUCGGCAGCCUCAACGGCAGCGUGGUGCCUAUUUCGCGAAUGGUCAAACCCAAAUCCGGCACCAAAGUCGCCAUUCUCCUUCCAGUUAUCAUCAGAGACGCGGCGGAAGGAGUGCGACCGACUUACGACAUGGACGUGAAGAGGGUGGUCCAGUGGCCAGAAGGUGUCGACGCGGUAGGCGUCCGAACCCACUUUUACUUGGAGAACAAAUUCCUCGCAGAACAUCUGCAAAGUGAAAUCAUGCCCGAGUGUCUCGCCCGGGGCAUUAUCGAGGCGAACGAGCAGGUUAUUGUCGAGGGGGAAACAAUGCUGCAGAGGGCGGAGAAGGCACUGAAAAUGCUCCGAGAGAAGAAAGUCAGCGGCGCGAGAUUGGUAUGGCGAGUGUCGGAUGGAGAAUAA